UGUCCCGCCGACCCGCAACCCCGCAACCAUGGUGGCGCUGAAGGGCGUCCCCGCGCUGCUGUCCCCAGAGCUGUUGUACGCGCUGGCACGGAUGGGACACGGAGACGAGAUUGUUCUUGCAGAUGUCAACUUCCCUGCCUCCUCCAUCUGCCAGUGUGGGCCCGUGGAGAUCCGGGCGGAUGGCCUGGACAUCCCAGAGCUCCUGGAGGCCGUGCUGAAGCUGCUGCCACUGGACACCUAUGUGGAAAGCCCGGCCGCUGUGAUGGAUCUGGUGCCCAGCGACAAGGAGCGGGGCCUGCAGACGCCGGUGUGGAAGGAGUACGAGUCCAUCCUACUCAGGGCUGGCUGUAGGAGAUCCCUGGCGAAGAUAGAGAGGUUUGAGUUUUAUGAGCGAGCCAAAAAGGCUUUUGCUGUUGUGGCAACUGGGGAGACGGCCCUCUACGGAAACCUUAUCCUCAAGAAAGGGGUGCUUGCCCUGGCUCCCUAAUCUAAGACAAACUACUUGGGUCCUGAAGAGGAAUCAUGAACACCCUGAACCCCGACAAGACCUCAAUGAGCUUCCUAGCAGCAGCACUCAGUACUGGGUUCUGGACAGGGGCAUUAGGGGGCCAGUGGUCUCAGGGUGGGCCCAGCUGAUGAGCACUGGGAUUCUCCCCAUUUGUGAAAAUGAAAAAAUGUAGUCACUGAUCCAUGCUCAAUCUAAAGACAACAGCUGUUUUCACUCA